AUGCCGCCACCCAAAAAGAAAGCAAAGAUAGCACACAAGCCGGCGAGACCGGCCACGACCGAUGCACAGCUCAAUGCCCUGCGAUCCGCGGUGGAGCGUACGUUGAAUGCGGAGGAGGGUUUCAAAAAAGCGGAAGCGGCUGGCGAUGAGAAGGCACAGGACCGACACGAAAAGGAGAUUUCCAUGCAAUCCGAGACCCUGCGCAAGGUCGCAAAGGCCUUCAUCGAUCGUCCACCGCCAGAGUCAAAGAUGAAGCCUCCAUUUCUCUCCGAAGAACAGAGGCGUGCCAAUCGGCAGCUGCGACACUUCGUCAAGGCGGAACUAGACCGCAAACGUUCUGCUGGGCCACUCGCGAAAGACCCGCAUCCUCUAGAGUACGCACAGUACGCAGAGAAGAUGGGCAUAGCGGGGACAGACGAGGACUUGUGGCUUCCCACCAUCCGAGAGAAGGUGACAAGUAGCAACGCCAAGCCCUGGGCCGAAGAGGAGGAGGGGGAGAACGACUUCGAGUUGCCUAACAUUAGCAAGGCGGACUGGGACGCCCUGCAGAAGGGCAUCUGGCGCAGCAAAUGA